AUGGUGCUGGACACUCGGAGGCGGCGUUCUGCACCGGGUGCCGACGGGCUGACGUUCCAGACCCUUCGGAACAUCGAUGCGGCACAGCUACCUUCACUCCUGCAGGAGUUCAACCACGUCUGGCGCACCGGCUGCGUGCCUGCUACGUGGAGAGAGGCCGUCGUCGUCCCUCUGCUCAAAAGCGGGAAGCCUGCCGGGUGCAUUGGCUCGUACCGCCCCGUCUCGCUGACGUCGGUCGCCGCUGACUCGCUCUCUGAGGUCGUGGCCACGCUCGAGGAGUCGUUGAGCCGCCACGAGGCCGGCUGCUAUCUCAUCCUGCUCGACGUGCAGAGCGCCUUCGACGGUCUCCCCCAUGCCACCAUCAUCGGGUGCCUCCACGAGCUGGGUGUCACCGGCCGCCUCCUGCAGUACAUCCGUGCUUUCCUGACUGACCGCACGCUCCGGGUGAGGGUCGGCGGGGCGUUGAGUGAUCCUCGCGGCGUGUUUUCGGGUGUCCCGCAGGGCAGUGUUUUGAGCCCCUUUUUAUUCAAUUUGGCCCUUUCGCGGCUCCCCGAUUUCAUCCCGAGGACAACGUCGCACGAGGUCCGUUCGGCCAUCUACGCGGACGACAUCGCUAUCUUUGCGUGCGGUCCCACGGAAGUCGGCUACCUUGUGCGGGCAUCGAUCCAGACGGCAGUUGACGCAGUGGACGAGUACUUCGCCAGCAUCGGGCUACAGCUGUCUACUGCGAAAACAGAGGCGCUGAUGGUGCACCCCCGAGCCGCGCGCGCGCGCUUCGAAGUCCCGCCGCUAACCCUGAGGGGCCGCCCUCUCCCGUGGCGCAAGAGCGUCCGCUACCUGGGGCUGCAGAUCGACUGCCGCCUCAACUUCAACGCGGCAGUCUCUCAUCUCUGCAGGGAGUCCCGCAAAGUGGUGGGAGGGACUCUCGCUGAAGCUGGCAACUGGCCGCCGUCAUUGCGGGCGAAAAAGCAAGCGCUGCAUCACAUUGAACGCUUGCAGCGCUCGCUGCCGGGACAGCGCCUUGUGUGCCGCCUCCACUCGUUGCAUAAUUCGGGCAUGGGCAGGCGGGCCUCCGAGUAUACCCUGCUCAUCGACUCGUACACGCAGCUCGUCGCUCUGCCGCAACUGCCGCACGCCUCCAGCCUUCUCAAAGUCAACAUCAAAGUGCCUGGUGUCUCAUCCAAGCGCCAGACGGCUGUUUGCGCCAUGCGGCAGGAGACAGCCGCGCUAAUGCACGAACAGCUGGGCGGCCGCCUGCUCGUAUUCACCGAUGGCUCGGUGGCAAGGAACGGACCCGGCGCUGCAGCCUGCACGGCACCGGACAUCGGCGAAACGCGGCAGUGUCGCCUUCGCUUUGCCGUGUCGUCAACGGUGGCCGAGCUCGCUGCGAUCGACCUCGCAGCCGACCUGCUCCUGCAGCAGCCUGACGUUGUGGCGGCGGCUAUACUCAGCGACUCUCGUGCGGCUCUUUCCUUGCUGGCGAGGGACUUCGUCGGAGGGCCGCUGGUUCAACGAUGGGUUCCGGCUCACAUCGGACUAGAGGGCAACGAGCACGCCGACGCUCUCGCCAAGGAGGCACACGCUGAGCGCUUCCCCCUCUCCCCUCUGGUCACGAGCUUCGACUCGGCCAGGACGACGAUACUGCGCAGCCUCUCCGCGCAACACCCCGACGCGCGCGUGGCUUCAGCUGCUGCGCGAACUCAUAGACUCAGGGGAAUCGGCAGUGGGGUGUGUGCCAACUGUGCCGACAUGGAAACGCUGGAGCAUCUCCUUCUACACUGCCCUGCUUUCGGUGUUGAGAGAGCGGUGCUCACGGACUCCUAUCACCGAUACGGUCUCCCGGCCAACUCGCUCAAGGACCUGCUUUUCCCGGAUGCCCACAGCUCCCUGGUCAAACGGGUCCUUUCGGCACUGUUAGACUUUUGCAGUGCCACAAAUCUCAGAGCGCGGCUCUAA